AGGAACACCACAGUAGAAUGGGGUUGCUGAGAGAAUGAACCGAACUCUCAUGGAGCGUGCUAGAUGCAUGAUGAGCACUGCAAAAUUGGGGAAGGAAUUUUGGGCUGAAGCUGUUAACACUACAUGCUAUCUAAUCAACCGCUCACCCACUGUUUCUCUCAACAUGAAAACUCCGGAGGAGGUUUGGUCUGGUAAACCUGCAAAUUAUUCUUUCCUUCGAAUAUUUGGAUGUGAUGCUUAUGUUUGGGUGCCUAUGGAGAAAAGAACCAAAGUUGACAAAAAUUCAAAAAGAUGUAUUUUUCUUGGCUAUGAGACAGGUACAAAGCGGUACAGAUUGUGGGAUCCUACUGCCCGCAAGCUUAUUAUUAGCCGAGAUGUGGUUUUUAAUGAAGAUGUUUUUCAAGGCACAACUAAAAAUGAAGAAGCAAGGAAGCUUGUUAUUGAGCAAGAAGCUAGUUUUGAUGAUAUUGUACAGGAGGAAAAUAUUCAAAAUGAUCCUCAAUCUGAGUCUGAGCUUUUACAUGAAGGAACUUCAUCUGAAGAACAUGAGCCAACUUCUUUCAAAGAGGCUUGUGAGUCUGUCAAUUCUGACCAAUGGCGAGGUGCAAUGGAGGAGGAGAUGGAGUCUUUGCACAAGAACAAAACUUGGGAUCUUGUUCAACUACCAGAAGGUCGAAAGGCAAUUGGAUGUCGCUGGAUAUACAAGUUGAAGAAGGACUCAGAAGGGAAUAUAGAAAGAUACAAAGCCAGACUUGUGAUUAAAGGGUAUGCCCAAAAACUUGGUAUUGAUUUUGAUGAAGUUUUCUCACCAGUUGUUCGUAUGACUACUAUUAGAGUUGUUUUAGCUCUUGCUGCUUCUCUUGAUCUUGAGUUAGAACAACUAGAUGUCAAGAUAGCUUUCUUGCAUGGUGACUUGAAUGAAGAAAUUUAUAUGACACAAUCUGAAGGCUUUGUUGAAGAAAAUAAUAGAAGUUUGGUUUGUCGGCUGAACAAAUCGCUUUACGGUCUGAAACAAGCGCCUAGAUGCUGGUAUAAGCAGUUUGAUUCCUUUAUCGUGAGCUUGGGAUUUCAUAGAUGUGAAGCUGAUCAUUAUGCUUAUUUUUGUGAUUAUAAUGAUGGAUGCUUCUGUAUCUUGUUAUUGUAUGUAGAUGACAUGAUUAUUAUAGGAAAUAAUCCCAUUUAUGUCUCUACAUUAAAAGCUCAACUUGCUGGGGAAUUCGAUAUGAAGGACUUGGGAGCCAUGAAUCAAAUUCUUGGGAUGAAGGUAUUUAGAGAUAGAGAGGACAGGAAGAUCUGGUUGAAUCAAAAGAACUACAUAGAAAGGGUUCUGCAACGCUUCAAUAUGCAGAAUGCUAAACCAGUGAGUACCCCCUUUCCUGUUCAUAUUAAGCUGUCUUCAGAAUACUCACCCAGUACUGAAGUAGAGAAGGCAGCGAUGUCUCGAGUACCAUACUUAUCAGCAAUAGGGAGUCUUAUGUUUGCUAUGGUCGGAACUAGGCCGAACAUUGCACAAGCAGUGGGAGCUGUUAGCAAAUACAUGGCAAAUCUUGACUUUGCCAGAGAUAGAGAUAAAAGAAGAUCAACUUCUGGUAAUGUCUUUAUCAUGGCAAGUGGUGCAGUUAGCUGGGAGCCUAAAUUGCAGCCGGUUGUAGCCUUAUCAACAACAAAGGCAGAGUAUAUCUCUAUCUCUCAUGCUUGCAAAGAAGCUAUUUGGUUGGAGAGGUUGCUUGCAGAAUUUAAAAUGAAGCAGGACACGCUUUCUAUGCAUUGUGAUAGUCAAAGUGCUUUGUUAUUGGCUAAGAAUCCAACUUUUCACUCUCACACAAAGCAUAUCGAUGUCUGCUAUCAUUUUGUUCGACAAUUAGUUGAAGAUGGGAAGAUACUUCCGCACAAGGUUCACACAAGUUCAAAUCCAGCAGAUAUGUUAACAAAACCAGUGGCCCCAUUACGUGAAACCCUUAGAUUCUUCCCUCCAGUUCCUUAUGAGUUCAGGACACCAACACGAAGUGACACUCUUCCAAGUGGGCAUUGUGUCAAUGAGAAAACGAGGAUUUUGGUCUGUACAUAUGCAAUGGGAAGGAUGACAUCGGUGUGGGGAGAGGACUGUCAUGAGUUCAAGCCAGAGAGAUGGAUCACUGGGGAAGGGAAGAUUAAACGCGAGCCUCCAAGCAAGUUCUUUGCUUUCAUGUCAGGACCUAGAAUGUGUAUGGGAAAAGAUCUUGCUUUUACUCUUAUGAGGGCCACGGCAGCGUCUAUAAUUCUUAACUACAAGGUGGAGGUGAUUCCAGGGCAGAAUGUAGGCCCCAGGCCUAGUGUGUUACUCCACAUGAAGCACGGCGUGAUGGCUAGGAUUAAGAGUAGACGAGUUUGAGGUUCUUAGAUUUCAUGAAUGGAAAGUAUAUCUUUCAAUUAAUAUUUGUGUGCAUGUAGGAGACGGUCUUGUUUUGCUUUCUGUGUACUUUUGCUUCAGUUGUCCUUCUUCAAGUGUUGUGUGUUGAUGUUUCUAUUAGGAAUAUUAAUGGUUAUAUUAUUUGAUUUAACAUAUUUUAUAAUAAAUUUAUUAAAAAAUA